AUGUACCGGCUUCUGGCUGUGGGCCUGGCCCGAGGCCUGUUGCGGGCGGCGGGACUGCGGGGCCGCUGCCGCCGGGUGCACCUGCUGCCCGGGCCACCGGGAGCCCGGGCGCCGCCGUGCCGAGAGGCGCCGCACGGCCGAGGCUCGGGCCUGCUGCCGCUGCUGGCAGCGCUCGCCUGGUCGUCGAGGCCCGCGGCGGCGGAGCAGGAGCGGCGGGGCGCGGGCGGGGCUGCGGCCGGGGACGCCGAGGCCGAGGCCGAGAUCAUCCAGCUGCUGAAGCGAGCCAAGUUGUGCAUCAUGAAAGAGGAGCCAGAAGAGGCAGAGCUGAUUUUGCAUGAUGCUCUUCGUCUUGCCCACAAGAGUCACAACACAAAAGCCAUUGCUUACACUUACGACCUGAUGGCGAACUUAGCAUUUAUAAGGGGUCAGCUUGAAAACGCAGAAAAACUUUUUAAAGCAACAAUGAGUUACCUGCUUGGAGGGGGCAUGCAACAGGAAGACAAUGCAAUCAUAGAGAUCUCCCUAAAGCUGGCCACUAUUUACGCUGCUCAGAGUAGACAGGAACUGGCUCUUGCUGGCUAUGAAUUCUGCAUUUCAACUCUUGAGGAGAAAAUUGAACGAGAAAGGGAAUUAUCGGAAGACGUUCUGUCAGCGGACGACAAGGCCAACACACGGCUCCUUCUGGGCAUGUGUCUGGACACCUACGCGCGCUACCUGCUCUUCUCCCAGCAGCCAUCUCAGGCACAGAGGAUGUAUGAAAAAGCGCUGCAGAUUUCUGAGGAAAUACUCGGAGAAAGACACCCACAGACCAUCGUGCUGCUCAGUGACCUGGCCACUACCCUGGACACACAGGGCCACACUGGCGAGGCCUGUGUUCACGCACAGAGGGCGUCAGACCUGGCGAGGCAGGUGGGACACCCUGAACUGCACAUGCUGCUCAGCAACCUGGCUGCAGUCCUGACGCAUAGAGAACUGUAUGCACAAGCAGAAGAGACCUAUAGGGAAGCACUGAGGCAAGCGGAACUGAAGAGAGACGAGGCUUCUGUGCAGCACAUCAGGGAAGAGCUGGCCGAGCUGGCAAGAAAAAGCAGACCUUUGUCAUGA